AUGGCUGAAGUUGAUGAUCCGAGCAGGAUUGAAUUUCAGUGGUUAAAAAAGCGAGGGUUGGGUGGAAAGAAUCACAACAUCCAGUUUUAUGAGUCUUUCAUCUAUGAUGGCGAGAAGUAUACACUGUAUGACUCGGUGUACAUGCACCGAGACAAUGUCGACGAGCCUGAUAUCGGGAAGCUAGUGAGACUCUGGGAGGAUCCUCAAGGACAUAAAAAAUGCAGGAUCUUAUGGUACUUUCGCCCCUGGGAAAUUACAAAUUACUCGCGAGGGGAAACCUUUCCGAAGAAUGAACUGCUUUUGGCAGCCGGGGAAGGAGUAGGGCUUUAUGAUGUGAAUCCCUUGGAAGCCAUUGCGGGCAAAUGCAAAGUCGUAUGCACAUCUAGAGAUUCUAGGAAUCCUCAACCAUCAAAGGAAGAGAUCAUCGGUGCGGACUUUAUCUUUAACCGUGCCUUUGAUGUAGGAAGAUGCAAGAUCGUGGAAAAGAUGGAUGAUAAAAUUGCUGGAGUGGAGACUAAACUUUUGUUUAAUAAAGUUGGUAAGAGGCCUAUCCCUUCCACAAUUACCCCGUCUGUGGAAAACUCUAAAAGUUCAAAGGAUGUACUCAAGAAUAAAGAAUGUCUUAAGAAGCGAAAGCUGGAAAGAGAGGAUACUAAGCCUGCUAAGUUGCCUAAACCAUCUCCAGUCCAAUCUACUGAUGAAAGGAAAAGGGUUGAUAAUAAAGGGCCUGAAGCUAUUAGCAUUGAGGAAAGAAGAUCGAGAUGGUGCGAAGAACAACCUUGGGAUCAAGCAAUGGAAGAUGGGUAUGUGAAUGGAAGCCUCGUUCUCCUUCUAAACUUGGAUCCAUCAUACACAUCAGAUGAGGUGAAGGAGUUGAUCAAGAAUGCUCUGAAAGAAAAUUGCUCUGCAAAGAUGGUUCAACGGACAGCUUUUUCUAGCCCUCACUUUGGUCAAGCUUUUGUCAAUUUCUCGUCAAAGGAAGUGGCAGGAAGGGUGGUUGUGAAAUUGGACAGACAUUGUUUGGUUUUACCUGGCGGAAGGCCCCUUGUAGGCAGGCUUGCCUCCAUUGCUUUUAAAGGAAAACAAUCACCAUUUUUCGGUCAUUUUGCCAUUGACAAAUUGAAAUACCAAAUGCAGCGAGAGAAGAGAGAAGCUGUAUCUACUUCUCAUUGUUCGCAGCCAAAUACAAUUGAGCAUGAAAUGGCUACUGAGUGGGCCUUACAUCAAGCAAGAGUGAAUCUAACAUGGGAAGCCAUACACAAGCAACAAGGCGAGGAACUGAAGAGACUUAGAGAUCGUUUUAAGUCUGUGUGA